AACCCUCCGACUAACACUCCAACACAGUAGAUGGCGGUACUGCACCUUGGCGUUGGUGCCUCCCGCCGAAGAAGAAGAAGGAGUAAGGCACAAACAAACAUGUCUGACACGCCGGAUAAUGCACCAAAACACUGCCCAGGAACUGCGAGUGAACAAGCAGGAAAGGCUGCAUCAUGUCAGGGCUGUCCCAACCAGAAGCUGUGCGCCUCUGGAGCCGGAAAAAAACCCGACCCUGCUAUCGGAGAAAUAGGAGAGAAGCUUUCAAGUGUCAAACACAAGAUCCUUGUGUUGUCUGGGAAGGGAGGCGUGGGGAAGAGUACAUUUAGUGCUCAACUGGCCCGAGCCCUGGCAAGCGACGGCACCAAGGAGGUAGCGCUGCUGGAUGUGGAUAUUUGUGGUCCAUCCAUUCCCAGGAUCAUGGGUUUAGAGGGAGAACAGGUUCACCAAAGUGGGAAUGGCUGGUCUCCUGUGUAUGUGGAGGACAACUUGGCAAUCAUGUCCAUCGGUUUCCUCCUCAGCAGCCCUGAUGACGCUGUGAUCUGGAGGGGUCCAAAGAAGAACGGGAUGAUCAAACAGUUUUUACGGGAUGUGGACUGGGGGGAACUAGAUUACCUCAUUGUGGACACUCCCCCUGGGACCUCUGAUGAACACCUGUCAAUUGUCCAGUAUCUCAGCUCCACCCAUGUUGAUGGAGCAGUCAUCAUUACAACACCACAGGAGGUGUCAUUGCAAGAUGUUCGGAAGGAGAUCAGGUUUUGUCAGAAGGUCAAGCUGCCCAUCAUCGGAGUAGUGGAGAACAUGAGUAGCUUUGUCUGUCCUAAAUGCAAGAACACGUCGCAGAUUUUCCCUCCAACCAGCGGCGGUGCUGAGAAGAUGUGCGCUGAUCUCAAUCUACCUCUGCUGGGAAAGCUGCCUCUGGACCCGAGGAUAGCUCAGAGCUGUGAUGAGGGACGGCCUUUUCUCCGGGAAGUCCCUGACUCGCCAGCUGCUGAAGUCUACCACACAAUAGUGCAGAGCAUCCGGACCUACUGCUCCAACAGACAGACAGAGCCAAGCACAACCUGAUCCAGAAAAAACAGGAACACCUGUGGCAUCUACAUGCCAGCAUAAACUUGUCUGGACUUGUCCCAAAAGAGAUCAGGCAGCAGAGUUGAUCUGAGGUCACUAUUCAUGUUGGUGUUUAUGUCACUACAAAAGCAUUUGGGCAACUGCAAGUCUGUCAUUAUAUUCGUAUUAUUGGAGCAAUAAAAGAAUAUCAGUCUUUA